AUGUUCGACGUGGAUGAAGAUGAGGGUCUGACCGUCGAUACCUCGGAGUCGGUUUCAUCUCUCCCAUCGAUUCAAGCAGAGACAUCCGGCCUUGUGCAUUUAACUCCGGAUCAAGCUCAUUAUCAAGGUGAUGAUUUGCCUGAAAGUGGUACCCUUCUAUACCAUGAUAUGACUCCUGAACCCUCCUACGAGUGCUCUCAAAGACACUCAUCUCAAGACACGUCUGAAGGGCGGGGCCUUGCGACAAUCGACGCAACGGAGUCAAGCUUUGCUACGGGCGAUGCCUUUCAUGUCGCAACACCGAUCCCUCUAUCACAGAGCACUCCAGAUCUCCCAGCGCCAGCACGUGACGAAAUACCUGUUAGCGCUGCUCCGUCGGAACACAACAGAAUUCCUACGACACAUGACGCGUCACCCCCACAACUGUCAUUCGAAACGCCUCAAGGGCAGGACCAUGAAGCGAGCAGCCACGGAUCCGAAGACGCCAAGACCCAUAUAUUGUCUAAGGGCGCACCUCAAUCGUCAUCCCGUGUGUCCCCUUUUCGGUCUCCGGGUCCAACAACACGCUACUACACCCGUCGUCAGGCUGCGCAAAGAUUGGCACAAAAUGAUGAUGAUGACGAUAGCGACACGGACAGCGAGCCCCAAGGAAGUGAAUCCCAUCUUGGUCGAGCGAAUUUGCACCGUGACAAGGACUAUUGUCUCUCUGACACAGAAGUCGAAGAGAUUGGUCCAGAAGGUGACGACUCUGACAGCAAAGAUCAAAGCUCACGCAAGCGCCGUAAGGUCUCGAGGUCCUCCGCCGGUUUGCUGCGCGAUGCAACCGCUAGUGUUGAGCGCCCUCGUCGGGGAAGACCGUCUUUGAGAUCGAGGUCUACCCAGUCAACCUACAGGGGGAAGUAUGCCCAGGCAAGCGGUAUCCUCAGCCCAGCGUCAUCCCAGGCGACGCCCGAUGAGACCGAAGUCAGGGCGGUUCUCGCCAGCUUUGAGGAAUGGCCGCUCGAGAAUGCUUCGCUCAAGCGCAUAACCGAGAACGGCAAAACAACUUUCCAGGUACAGUUCGACUGGACUCCUUGUACAAAUCAUGGGCAUGCUAGCAGCACCGCUCGGGAUCGAGUUGAUUUACCGUUGACACGGGCGAGGAGCAGGGCCAAGCGUGGUUCAGCUCCAAGAGCCAAAUACACCCCACAGGAAGAUGAUCUUCUCAUCGAGUUAAAGGAGGGUAGGGAGAUGCUAGUGUGGCCCGAGAUUCACCAGCGGUUCAGUGAGGCCUAUCCAGGGCGGUCCGUCGAGAGUCUACAAGUGCAUUACUCUACGAAACUCAAGAGUCGUGAGAGACUCUAG